AUUAUGGCACGCCCUGUGGUGGAGGGGCGAUUUCAGACCCAUUGCCACAUGGCUGUGACGGGCACUACCCGUUUUUGGUGUUAUUGGUCGAAGAAUUCACCUGUUAAAAGAGCACCGAUCUAAGACCGUGAACGCAUGAAGAUAAUGAGGGCUGUAUGACUGCCUGUUGAGUAGCCCCUCAUGUGUGGAGGACAGACAUUCCUAAACAGUCUAUCAAAAGUUCUGAACUGCACCCAUACCUUGGCAUCAUGGCACUGGGGGUCAAGCACUUCUCUAUAGCUGACUUUGUAGUGUUUGGGAUGCUAUUGGUGAUCUCCGUGGCCAUUGGCUUGUACCAUGCACUCUCCGGGGGGCGCCAGCGCACCACGCAGGAGUUCCUGAUGGCAGACCGGAGCAUGAGUUGCCUGCCACUGGCCUUGUCGCUCAUGGCAACCUUUCAGUCAGCCGUGGCCAUCGUCGGAACGCCUGCUGAGAUCUUCUUUAACGGCACCCAGUACUGGUUCAUCGGGUGUGCCUACUUCUUGGGCCUGCUCAUACCAGCCCACAUCUUUAUCCCCAUCUUCUACCGCCUCCGCCUGAACAGUGCCUAUCAGUAUCUUGAACUUCGCUUCAACAAGACUGUGCGGAUAUGUGGCACAGUAACCUUCAUCUUUCAGAUGGUAAUAUAUAUGGGUGUGGGUAUCUACACACCUGCCCUUGCGCUUAAUGCAGUCACAGGCAUUAACUUGUGGGCAACUGUGCUGGCCAUUGGAGUGGUCUGCACCAUCUACACAACACUGGGAGGACUAAAGGCAGUGAUCUGGGCAGAUGUGUUCCAGACACUGGUGAUGUUCGCAGGGCAGUUUGCGGUCAUUGGUGUCGGAGUUCAUCAGGCAGGAGGGCCCGCCGAGGUCUGGAGGAAGGCCAGGGACGGCGGACGCAUCUCAGGAAUCGAUUGGAACCCAGACCCCACACAGAGACAUACAUUUUGGACACUGGGGGUCGGGGGGGUGUUCCUAAUGCUGGCCCUGUAUGGUGUGAACCAGGCACAGGUGCAGCGCUACCUCAGUUCACGCACCGAGAAGCAGGCCAUCAUGUCCCUCUACAUGGUGUUCCCCUGUCUACAGCUGGUUCUGGCGCUAAGUUGUUUGAUGGGUUUGGUUAUGUUUGCCUGUUACAAGGAAGACAACCCCUUACAGAAACGGUACUUGGACAAGAAAGACCAGGUGGUGCUGUACUUUGUGAUGGAUAUGCUACAGGACUUCCCUGGUCUACCAGGACUAUUUGUGGCCUGUUUAUUUAGCGCAUCCUUGAGCACUAUAUCCUCUGCCUUCAACUCCCUAGCCACUGUGACCAUGGAGGACCUAAUCAAACCCCAUGUCACAAUAGAAGAGUCCAAGGCAACCCUGCUCUCCAAGAUACUUGCAUUCUUGUAUGGGGUUUUGUGCCUUGCCAUGGCAUAUGUUGUCCAUAUAUUGCACAGCUCUGUUCUGCAGGCUGCAAUCAGUAUCUUUGGGAUGGUUGGAGGUCCACUCCUGGGGCUCUUCUGUCUGGGCUUCUUCUUCCCAGCAGCCAACAGCACUGGUGCUGUUACAGGUCUUGUGGUUGGUCUGGCUGUAGCCUUCUGGAUUGGCAUUGGGAGUUUUAUGGCCAGAACGUCAGCCAUUGUGCUGGUGGAGUCCAACAGCACAGAGAUACUGGAUCUUGGGAAUAAAACCAUGGGACCAGUGGCCGCAGUUGUAGAGACAAGCCAGCGAAGCAUCCUACAAGCACUUUACUCCCUUUCCUACAUGUGGUAUAGCGGCGUAAAUUCCACCGUAGUGGUCAUCACAGGGCUCCUAGUCAGCUACAUGACAGGUCCUACGGCUAAGAAGGACUUAAUGCCAGGCACUGUGUAUCCAGUGUGGGGCAACUUGCGCAGGCUUUUCAGGCUGAGAGGCUGCUAUGCACCCCCAGCACAGCACAAUUCAUCAGCACAAGAAUGCCCCAUAUUACCUCAAAAAGAGAUGAAUGGAACUGUUACCAAGGCGACGGCGGAGGAAGAGCAACAGACAUUUCUUCCUGUGACCGCUAAAGUGCUGGUGGAACAAGAGUCGACUGUGUGAGGCCACACCAAGGCCACUCUGCAUCAGAGGAAUGGUUAUCAAUGGUCAGGACCUCUCAUUACCUCCAUACACACAAGCAGCUCAUGGACAUCCUGUAUGCUGGAUAAGAUUAUGGUGUUUUUUUUCUCAUUUUGUUUACCAACGUAAAUGUGACAGAAGCCCAUGAUCCAUAAACAAAGAUGCACAUGACCAAAUCCAACCCUCCCCCCCUGAAACAAAGAUUUAAGAGAGGGGAGGCAAAUAUAUUAAGAGAAUCAACGUAUGGAGUUUAUUUAGUCAUUCGUGUUACAUGGAGUGGUGCAUAAAAAGAUGAGAUUUUUAAUUUAUUAACGUCUUAUGCUCCAAAACUAAAGUCCCGUUAGACCUAUCCUUGAUAAGACUAUGCUUAGAAGUUUUGCACUAUAAUGUCAGAAACAAUGAGUUGAAUAGCUAAACGCAGCUAGCGUAUUGUAAUGGUAAUCUAAUUGUAAGGCAAUUAGCUGCUGCUUUCCUUAUGAUUCUACCUAGAAUGUUUAGUUGUUUACUAGUUUUCCAGUGACUGGAAAACAAGGUGUCAAGAUGGCUUAGUAACCCGAACGGUUGGGCUGGCUCAAACACAGUGGAGAAGAACGGCUAAGUGAAUGUCAUCACCCUGUAUAUGUAUUUACUGUAGAUGUCAUUUAUGUGCCAAAAUUCUGUCACUCAUGUAUGUGUACAUGUACACACACACACACACACACACACACACACACACACACACACAUACACAUACAUUGAAAACGCCUUCAGUGUCUAAAGCACAGUAAUAUUGUUGAGGACUUACUGUACUUCAUCUUGUUUGAUGACCAGUUUAUCAAUUGAUAGAUUUGCCAUGGUGUAGUUCUCAAAGCCUUUUGAUGACCCAAGUUUUAAACUAACCGAUGUGAUGUAUGUUUCUUUUACUUACUACUUUUAUGUUUUCUUUCUUUCUUUUCUGUGUACUUUAAAGUUGCUUUCUUGAAACAAUAGAUAUUUGUAAAACUAUUCAUGUCCAAUUUAAAAUAAAUUGGCACUCUAUAUUGUAGAGUUUGGAAGAA